AUAUACCAAGUGCAGUGUGUCUGUGAUAUACAAUAAAUUUUGGCUCUGGUUAAUUAGUUCUUUGAUACCUGAUAAAAUAAUCGAAUAAUUUGGAGCUCCAACGACUUGAUCUGAUCGGUAGCAAUGGGAGGAGCUGACUGGGGUCCGGUGGCGGUUGCGGUGGUGCUGUUUGUAGUGUUAUCGCCGGGUCUUCUUUUUCAGCUGCCGGCGAGGAGAAGGGUAUUGGAGUGUGGCAACAUGACUACGAGCGGCAUAUCCAUAUUGGUUCAUGCCAUCCUCUUUUUCGCUAUCAUCACCAUUCUGGUCAUCGCAAUUCAAAUUCACAUUCACAUCUAGCAAUUAGCUUACCUACUCCGUGUCCUUGCUAAGAUUAUUUUGUAAUCUAUCAUUUGUGCUGGUUUGUUUAUUUCUCCUAUAAUUAUAAAAGGUAUAAAAACUCCCCGCAUGUGAUUUUGGUGUAAGAUUAACGGGGAAGAUACGGUUACUAUAAAAAAAAAAGUGUCAUGAUAUAAUAUUAAAUGGUCAUUAUAAGAUUGUAUACUUGAUUGCUUAAUGUAUUG